AUGGCCAGUUCCAAGACGAAAAGUUCAAGCAUCGUGGCGGCCGACGAUGCCUUGCCCCAAGCACCACGCCAGCAAAGGGAGCUCCCACGGCAAUUCUCUGCAACAUCAGCUCUGUCGUUUGCUUAUAUUGUCACAAACUCCUGGGUUGGUUAUUCGGGGACCUUCGCCACUGCGUUGCUGGCCGGUGGAGGGCCAGCCGUUUUUUACGGUGUUAUAGUGGCCGCGGUCGUGUGCACUAUCAUCACCCUGGGUCUUGCCGAGUUGGCAUCUGCGUUUCCGUCGAGCGGAGGACAAUACCAUUUCACGUUUAUGGUCUCGUCACCAAAGACUCGGACGCCCUGUGCUUUUGUAUGUGGCUGGCUCAGCUGUCUUUCCUGGUGUCUGGCCACCGUGUCUGGCACCAUUUUUACCGCUCAAGCGAUUCUUGCGCUCGUCUCGUUCCUGAAAGAGGACUAUCAGCCCAGGCAGUGGCCGACGUACCUAGUCUUUCUUGCUCUUAUUGCACUGGCGACGGGAAUGGUUUGUCUCCUCGCGCACUGGUUGCCGCGACUGCAGGAGGUCAUGUUCUGGAGCAGCAUAUCUGCCUUUGUCGUGUGUCUCGCCGCGGUUCUCGGAAUGAGCAAAAGCAAGCAACCUGCCCGCGUUGUUUUCACCCAGUACGAGAAUGAGACGGGAUGGCCCGACGGCUUGUCGUUCCUCAUAGGACUCGGGACCUGCAUGUACAUGUUCUGCGCUACCGACGCAGCGACACAUAUUGCCGAGGAGGUCCCGGAUCCAGGCCGGACUAUUCCCAAGGUGAUGUGGCUAACGCCCGUGAUUGGGAUUGCCACGACGGUGCCGUUUGUUGUGGCCACCUUAUUCGCGACAAUCGACCUAGACGAGAUCGUCCGGUCCGAACUGCCUAUCCUGACGCUGUAUCAUCAAGCGACGGGUAGCAAAGACGUAGCCGCCAUCUUCACCGUCUGGCUUAUUUUCAAUUACUUUGGAGGUACGCUCGCCGGGCUCGCGACAUCCGGCCGCAUGGCUUGGGCUUUUGCCCGGGACAACGGGCUGCCCUUUUCCAGAACGUUAGCCACAGUGCAUCCGCGAUUCCAAACGCCCGUCGCCUCGACAGUUGCCUGUGCCGCGCUGAUGGCACUGUACGGCCUUAUCUACAUUGCAUCCAGCACGGCAUACAGCAGCAUCGUCUCGAUGGCGAUCCUGUCCAUGAACGUGACGUAUGUGAUUCCGCAGGGCAUCCUGCUCUUCCGAGGACGGGAGAAAAUCCUUGUCGACCGCUACUUUGAUUUAGGGCGGUAUGGAGUCUUUGUCAAUGCGUUCUCGUGUCUGUGGGUUGGGCUGUAUACAGUCAUCUUCUGUUUCCCGACGAUCAUGCCGCCCACGCCGUCCAAUAUGAACUAUCUGGCUCCUGUUGUUGUCGCAAUCGUCGUCUUGAUUCUUGCGGUAUGGUACGGUGGGAAGAAGAAGACGUUUUCUGGGCCGUUAGAAAUGCACCAUAAGGCCAUAUGGCUGGGCCCAGUCCGGGGCAACCUUGGACAGUAG